AUGGCGGUGACGCCAAAAGCGAACCUCAAAACGUCGUCAUCAGCUUUCGGGUGGUCGUCUUUCUUUCAUCAUCCUCCUUCGCGGGGAAAGAAGAGAACCAAUUUUCGCAUUUUCGUCGUCGUUCUGUGCCUCGUCUUUCUCGUCGGCGUCUGCCUCAAAACCACCUCAAACUCCUCGGGGAAGAAGACAAUCACGUUCAGAGUGCGAAUUCGACGUAAACUCGGCGGCUUUCUCUCUGAAACGACGAUUUCGAAGACGAAGAAAAAUGUUUUGGACGAGGUGAAGCACUUUGCUCAGUUUCAUCAACACACGACGUUUCAGGAGGAGGAGGAGGAAAACCACGGGAACGAAAGAAGAAGAGAGGAAGAAGGCGAACACGAACGAGAAGCGGUGAUUGCGCACGAUUUACCGCAGUCGACGGUGGACGCGCAUUUAGAUGAGACGGAGGAGGAGAAUAGGAGUAGCGGUAGCGAGACGACGACGACGACGACGAGCGCGGAACGUAACGAGGAUCCGGUCGCGACGAUAACCGCGGCGACGGGGAAUAAGCCGCAUCUCGCCCGAGGAUGGCUCGUUUCGAAGCUUCCAUUCGAUGUGGACCAACCAGGGAGCGAGAGGACGGCUUUGGAGGCGAAUUUUAACGGGUCGGUUCCUUUGUUGACGCACCGAGGGAUAUUUAAGUACGAUCCGACGCCGAGAGUGGACGGGAUGAACUAUUAUAGAAGAGUGUACGCGGUGACGCAAGUCGGCAUGGCGCAGGAUUUGCCGAAUUGGAAGAGCGUUGGAGAGGCGGAUAUGGAGGCGACGGCAAAUAGUAGAAGACGGAGGAGGUUGUUGAGACAUAGAAAUAGCGGGGGGGGCGAAGGCGCGGCGGAUGCGGAUGUGGAAGCCUUAGCGGCUGAAGCCGAGACGGUGAUUGACGAAAGCGACGACGUUGGAUUCGGACUUGGUGGUGAUAGUAGCGAUGAAUUGCAGCAGCAACAACAACAACAGCAACACAUGAAAAUUGAAACCGCCGGCGCUGGUUUGGAAGAAGCGUUGCGCUCAAAACCGCCCGGAACGCGUGGUUUAACAUUUCGCAUCACAAAACACCUCUACGACGCGUUACCACCUCGCGAUCCGUCGUGGCGGUACAAGACGUGUGCAGUUGUCGGUAACGGUGGAGCUUUACUCACCUCGAGACAUGGGAAAGAUAUCGACGCGCACGAUGCGGUUUUACGAAUGAACAACGCCCCGGUUGGCGGUCGAUUUACCGAUUACGUCGGCUCGAAGACGACGUUUAACAUGAUCAAUUUUCACUGGGCGCGAGAAAUCACGCAAAGAACGCCGGUUGUAGAAACCGACGCGUUCUUAGUCAUGUAUGAGUCCGUGUUGCACACGUUGAGAAAUCAAUUGUACCCGAAACUCCUCCGGAUGCAAGCGCAAGGACAGCUUCCAGUUGUCCCGGUGUUGACCUCGCCGGAUUUCACCGUAAAAGGCUACGGUAUUUGGUUGCAGCUGAAAGACGUCCUCGAACAACGACGCGCGGCGGAACGCCGCGAAAAAAAUGAAAAGUUGGUCAAGGAAGGUAAAGCAGUCGAGCAGCUGAAACAUCCAGGUGCGUACAAGCGCAAACCAAUGUCUGGUUUCUUUGCCAUGUUGUUCAUGCUGAAUCUGUGUGACUCGGUGGACAUGUACGGGUUCUCGAAUUGGCGUCCGAGUCGAAGUAAGAUUCCGUACCACUACUUUGAUAAAGUCAAAGGGACGACGGCUGUGCACUCGUUUGAUUUAUCCAUGGAAGUGUUUAUGGAAAUUGCCAAAGCGCACGACGUGAACAUGAUUGACUCCGAAGGGAAGAGUACGAAACUUCGAGAUGAUAAAUUAAAAUUUUAG